AUGUGUCCCCCAGUCAGUGUUCGCCAUGGGGCCAAAGGCAUGUCCUGCCUCUAUGGUGCCUGGCUGUACCAGCUUGUCCAUGGAGAACAUAUGAAGAUCUGUUUUGCCUGCUUCAAGGCAGCCUUCCUGGUCGUUAAGAACAUGCUGGAAAUGGGAGACUGGGAAGAGGAAGUGUGGGAUUCUGAGCCCAUGGAUCUCUCAGAGGCAGGAUCUGAGCCCGAGGAAUGGCCUGGGCUUAGCUGGGGAGAGGGCCAAGGUCACCUGCCACAUGCCAUCUCUGCCUCUGCAGGUUCUGGGGCUCUGGCACCAGGCCUUGUAGGGACAGAGGGGAUAGCACUGGGAGCCCAGCCUGUGCCCACUGAGCUGGGGCCUCAGGAAGUUGUACCCCUGGAUCUGGGUCCUGAGGAUGCUGAGUGGACCCAGGCCCUUCCCUGGAGAUUUGAUGGCCUUUCUCCCUGCUCCCACUGGCUCAUCCCUCCUCUGUCCUGGUGGGAUAUUUUCAAUGUAAGUCCAUCUCCCGGGCAACCUGUGUUGUUGGAGUUGAGCCCCGCCUGGCCCAUGGACCCGUUGGAAGCAGAAGCUUGGUUGGUAGACCUGAAGUUCGUUUUCCUUUUGGGUGGCUUCGAUGCCAUUUGCUACAUGCUGUCCAUGACUCCCUGCUGGGCUGUGAGAACCCGUGUCCAGCGCUGGCAGGUGUUGCUGGACCCUGGUGAGGUGAGAGUGGCCCAGUUGCAGAAUGCACCUGAACAGCAGGACCUGCACCGCUGGAAGCUGAGCAUCCUAGAGUCCUCAGAGCUGGGGGUGGAGCUGGUGCCUGCUGACUGCAGCCUGCGAAAGGGAGGCUUCAAGGUGCACUCUUAUCUGCCCUGGCACAGUAGCACCCCAGAGGCCUGGAGCAGGGAACCAGGGGAGAGGCUCCUUGUCGUAGACCUCGUAUCUCUGAGGGAGUUGCCUUGCUUCCGUUCCCCCUCCCCUGAACCACACAACUAA